AAGAGAGCGACAAAAACAAGGUACUGGGCAGAGGAAGAGGGUUUUGUUUUGGUCGUUGGCAGGGUUUAAGGAAGCGCGGAGAAAGGUUGUCUUCAAGAAGUAAGUUUUCACUGUUCAAAUCAAAAUCUGAUGGCACACAUCACAAACCUUCCCAUGACGCCACUGAUGCCGGCCAGCACUUCCUCAAACAACAUCAAAGAAAUCGCGUUUAAGACUGCUCCUUCAGCUUCCAAGGUCGAAAUCAAGCGUUUCCUCGAAACCUUCUACGGGUUCGAGGUCGAAAAGGUGCGAACUCUGAACAUGAAGGGCAAGAAGAAGCGUUACGCGGGAUCGUUGGUAGCAAAACCCGAUUACAAGAAGGCCUACGUCACCCUCAAGAAACCACUUUCCUUCUCUCAGAACCCUUACCCCUUUGGUUCCACCGUAGAAGACAAGAAGAAAGAGAAUAUGUUGACCACUACUCACUACUAAGUGUAUAGUUGUGGGGGUUUGAGUAUUCUCUUGUCAUGUUGGCUCUCUUCUUUUUUUCUGAGUUCCAUUUGGGCAUAAAAACAUAGGAUGGUAAAGUGGUCUAUUGGAGUUUAUCGAUUAAUGAGGAUUGUGCUGUAUAAGGAUUUAAAAAAAGGUCUGUAAUUUUGGCUGCAAUAUCAAGGUUUGCAAUGAAAUCACAACAGUGACCACAAUUUAAAAUCAAAUGAUGAAUUAGUUUCUUUCUUUUUGAACUUUUGA